AUGAAUAUGUGGAAAAUGAAAAACAGUAUAACCCAAGGAGACAAACUAUGUGCCUUAAAAAGUCAGAGACAGCCACGCUACUCACCAUCCUGUGCAUUUAGGUUGGACAAUUUGAAAACACACCCGAGAGCAAUGUCUCAUCCCUUCAGACAGUGUUCUUCUUUACAAGGAUCAGCAUCUACUUUGAAGACCUCAGAAAUGCUUUUGUCCCCUUCAGUGACAGCCAAGAGGACAAACAGAGGCUCUUUGUCCUCAGGCACCAGCAUAAUAAGCUUUUCCAUAAACUCCCUGCUAGCCAGUUCUCUGGGGAACUUGAAUGCGGCAACUGAUGAUCCAGAGAACAAAAAAUCCUCAUCUACCAAGGCGGAUUUCAUAGCCAGUAUCUUCACCAGCCUCUUGAAUGGCAGGUCCCAGUUGCCUGACAAAAAUUACCCUGAGCUCAAUAAUAACCAGUAUUGUCAAAGCAAUAGCAACAGCAGGAGCAUCCUGACCAGCCAGCUGAGCCCACUCAGCACCACGACAGAGGAGCACAGCAGCACCAUCCUCCCACCCACCUACACUGGAUUUUCUUCUUUUUCAGCAAGAUUCCUGAGCUAUCUAUCCCUUCGUUUCAGUCUAAAUAUGUUCAUUACUAAGUCCUUGCCACUCUGGCGAAAACUGUUCCACUCAUGCACACAAUUUCUUCAUCAGGAUGAGCAUUGCAGAUGGGAGGCAACUGCUUGCUGGAAGAAUCUCUCUCCUUUUUAA